UACUAGUGAUAAUCUUUUGUCGAUCCAUACAUAAUCAUUCCAUCUGAACUGAAAAAAAAAGGAGAAGAGAUACCCGGAGGAGCGAGGUCAGUUUAGUCAAAGUACUAGUUUGGCAUACAAAGGUGUCCACAAACACACCGUCUACAUUCAAGCGAGCACAUUUAUGAAAACCAGGAGAAUUUCAAUUCCCCUGAUUGUCUCAGUCAGCAACCACCGCGUACCAGUUGUAGAAAAAGAAAUGGCAGCACACCAUCCUGGUUCCUGCACCUGCCAUUCGUUUUUAUAACCCUGACCCAACGCAAGGCCAUGGCGACAAGCUUGCUGUUACCUGUUAGCACCAUUGCAGAGCACCACCAGAGCCAGAGGGAGGAAGAAGGAGAGCAAGGCGAGGAGGCGGCGGCAGCGGAAUCAUGGACUGCUGCAUCUGCAGCCCCAUGGCAGCCGUGUACAGGCUUCCGAGGAACGCCAUCUGUGCUCCCUGCCAUGAGGGCGCCAAGGCCAUCAUCGGAUUUCUGAACAAGGAUGAUGAGCAUCAGCAUGAAGAAGAGGGCAGCCUGAGCCAUGGCUCUGUGCUCAAGUCCAGAGGGUCUGUCAAGCCUAACAGCCCAACCAAGGGGAUGAGAGACGCGUGGGAGCAGGUGAAGGAGAUGAGAGGCAGGGAGGAGGAGGCCCACCAGAGAGCCGCCUUCCUGGCGAUGGCGUGGAAGGAGGGAGUCCACACCGACAUCGUCGUGAAACCAGGCACUGGGCCCCCAAUUCCGGCCCACAAAGCCAUCCUGGCCGCGAGGUCGGAGGUGUUCCGCCACAUGCUGGCCGCCGACGAGCGCUGCAAGGCCCCCGCCGGCGACGCCAUCUCCCUCCCGGAGCUGACCCACGGCGAGCUCGACCUCUUCCUCGCCUUCCUCUACACCGGCGCGCUGGAGAACAACAAGGACGACGACGGGGAUCAUCAGCUGCACGCGCUCCUCGUGGCGGCCGACAAGUACGACGUGCCGUUCCUGCGGCGGGCAUGCGAGGCGCGGCUGGCGGCCGCCGUGGACGCCUCCAACGUGCUGCGGACGCUGGAGGUCGCCGACCUGAGCUCCAGCGCGGCGCUCAGGGAGCGCGCCAUGGACACGCUGGUGCACCACGCCGAGCAGGUGGUGUUCUCGCCCGAGUACGACGACUUCGCCGUCAGGAACGCCGGGCUGUGCGUCGAGAUCACCCGGGCGCUGCUGGGCAAGAUGAAGACCGCACCGUUGUAGACAGAUAGCUAGCUAGGGCCAAGAAAUCACACCUCUAAACCUAAGCUACUAGAUCGGGAUCGGGUUGGACGGACGUAGGUAGUGUGGGUAAAGUUUUCUUUGCCCUCGAGGGCAUAGGCCCUCACUCUUCUACCCAUUGUAUUCGCUUUGAGAAGUGUGCAAACACACAUCUCAAUGCGAAACUGCUUUGAGAUGUGUGUACGUGACCUUGUUUAGGGUAAAAAAACUGCGUCCACCUAGUGUGUAUGUGACCUUGUAUUAUACAGUUCCUUGGGACGACAUGCAUGGUUUGUGCUAUUAUAACAUGCAUGGUUUGUGCUAUUAUAGGAUCAAGAAGAAGAAGACUACCGAUCGACAUGCUUGGCAUAUGUGGUCAAUAUAUCAAGUGGCCGGGGACUCUAAAUUAAUGUACUCAUGGGACAGAGUGAACACGAACUUGUCCCAAUUGUGACAACAAAAGUGAAUGUUAAUCUCAUUGUGCUUUU